AUGAACAAUCCCUGGGAACUAGACCACUAUCGCGAGGAGUUAGUCUCUGUCAACAUCGACGCCCCUCAACCACAACAACUCUUCCUUUCCGUCCGUGGCCCACCAAGAACAACCCCUAAGCAGCCCGUUGCUAUCAUAGAGUGUGGUGCCGCUGCAACCACCCGCUGGUGGACUGUCGUUCAACGUCUCUUAUGCCCGACGCUCCGUGUCUACUGCUAUGAUCGGGCUGGGCUAGGCCGCAGCGGACAUGCCGUGGUGUUUCCUCGCACAGCAUCCAGUAUGGCGUUUGAACUGGAAAGGUUGUUUGAAACCGUUGGUGUUGAGCCGCCUUUCAUCUUAAUUACUCACUCAUAUGGUGCUAUCAUUACUCGGGAAUUUCUUGCUCGUCUUCCUAGCCCCAAGCAAUCCGUUGUCGGGAUGUUGUUUGUCGAAUCCAACCAGGAGAAGACACACCAAAAGCUUAUAGUUUCAAGCCAUCUCACCACUAGCUUGAGUGGUCUGAAUAGUCUUGUGUCAACAGGGCUUUACCAAGAUCACCAGUAUAGCCAGGCAGAGGUGGAGGCAAUUCUGAAGUACGAGUCCGGCACUACGACGAAUACAAGCGACAAGCCAUCGGCAGCCAUCUCCGAGUUGGAAAAUAUGGAGUCCAGCGCGAGAGCCCUUGCGGAUCGAGAACAGUUACAAAAGCACAUACUUAGCCCAAAUCCCAUUACUGUAAUGCGAGGAGACAUAACACGAGAUCUCCGACGAUUAUUUAAGACAUCAGUUGUAAUGCAUCAGGGAGCGGAGGAGAUAGAGUCGCUUUUAGAGCACUUUGCCUGCGUUGAUAGGCAGUUGCAGCGAGAAAUCCUUCAGCUCUCGCAUAGUGCACGGUUUAUCCAGGCGAAGAAAAGUGGUCACCAUAUUGAAGCUACAGAGCCAGAAUUAAUUACAGCUGAAGUUAGGCGGAUACUAAAGCUAGUUAGAUAA